GUAAACAAGCAAGCAAAAGAACGCUGAAUAAUGUGCCGGCGCCUCUUCCCUGUCAUUGAGCCAAGGCGAGAAAUAAGACCUGGGGAGGAAAUACGCCAGAGUUUCCAGCGCGAAGCUUUUAGGAGCCAGAGAAAUAAAACAAUAGCAUUGCAUUUGGAACACCAGGAUAUAGAAUAAAUAAUCUGUUGUCCUGCAGAGAAAAUGGCUAGUCUUCCAUUAACCAAGACUGCACAAAAGGAUGAAAUACAGAUUUGUAUCAAGGAAACAAAAGAGCCCCUCUCAUUUCCACUGUUGUGAUGAAAAACAUUUUGUUAGCAGAUCAUAAAGGUAAUGAAGAAGACAUGCAUCCAACCAAGAUGAUGAAAAAGAAAUAUGGUACACUUAUACUUUAUUUCAAAAACUCGUUUCCUAAGAAGACAUUGAACAGCAGAAAUGACAAGUGCACAUUGUGCACACAUUAGGAAAAUCCAGUUUCUGUAAAGAAUUCUUGCUGAACCAUCAAUACUUCUUCAUUCAGGAAGAAAAAGCUGACGGCAACUAUUACACAUGACAACAUUUAUACUUGAAAGCUGUUUCAAGCUCCUGAAGUGAAAUGCCAUGGCAAUGAAAACUAUAUUGAGUCUGUCCCCAGCAGGAUAGAGAAAUACCUGCAAGAAUCUGUCCAGAGAUACGUCUUUGUCUUUUGUUUUAUUAAAAUACUCCCAAAGAUAUAGGUCUCUUGACUACAAAUAAAAUGGAGGCCUUAGAAGUUGAUGACAUCAGUCCAGCCUUGGAAGUGACCGAAGACUUCUUCAGUACCUUUGAUGCUAAGCUGGAAAAUGUGCAGCCCCUGGAAGUUUAUGGCAUUCAGGAGAUUCCUGAACUGGUUGGAUGUGACGCAUUUAAUAAAAUCACAGCCUGUGGAGAUUUAAGGAACAUUACUUCUUUAGGGAAGAAUAACCUUGUUUGGGCACACUGCAAAAAUGGAGUUUCAGAAACCAAAGUAGAGGCUGCAUUUCCUGCCAAAGAACAGUUUAGAGUGCAAAAGGGAAUGGUGCCAGACAAUCUCUCCUGGGUUGAACAGGGAGACACUUCAGCUCUUAAUAUCUUUAACAUCUGCCAGAAGAGGAAGAAUCGGCCCCGUUCUGUGAAUGAUGUUAUAGUCCAAAAUGAAGAAACUUCCUCUUUCAAGCCAGGCCAUAACCGGUCACAUUCUGAUAUUAGUCACAUAAAUUGGGGCAUCAUCUUUAAUAAUGCCUCUCCACAACAGCUGUCUAAUCAGGCGAGCCAGUGCUCUAAACAUUCAUUUACACCAACUGGAUUCAAAAAGGGAAAAGAUAUUCCAGGGAAUACUGAACACAAGCCUACAUAUUCAAAUAUCUUGAAGAAAGGGUAUGUAGAAAUUAAGAACAACCAUGGCAGUUACUGGCAGGCUUUUUAUGCAGAACUCUCUCCAUAUGAACUUUAUCUGUAUCAGCUUGACAAAAGCGGCAACCGGAACCUUCCAACAGUUUAUCUGCUUUUGCACUUCCAAAGCAUCAAUGUGGAAACCAGUGUAGUUGAUGCAGUCUUGUUCAAUAAUUUGCACCUGCAACUCAAAGCAGAAUCACCUUGGGAAGCUUUGGACUGGGGGCAAAAGCUUCGGCAAGCUGUUCACUCUUCAGUUCCAUCGUUUCUGAGGCCAAAAGGAGACUUGGUGAACUCACGGAAGUUAGAUAAUGCUGAGAGCAGCCUCAUUCAAAACCAUGGCUUACAGAAGGAACCUGCUGAUUUUUUCCAGUUGACAUCUUUGACCCCAAACAUCAAGGAUUACCAAAGUAUUGUCAAAUCAGGGAUUCUUUACAGAUUGACUCUCCAGAAUAACUGGAAAGCAUUCCAUUUUGUACUCAGUGGGUCUCUUCUCAUGGCAUUUCAGAUUGGUGGGCUUGAUGAAGACCCUCUGUGGAGCUACAAUAUUGAGGCAUGUGUCUCUGUUCAAACAGAUAUUCUAGAUGAUUGUGACUCUUGCUUUCAAGUGAUCUUUCCUCAAGAUGUGCUUCGUCUCCGUGCAGAAACCCUUCAAAGAGCUCAGGAAUGGAUGGAGGCUUUGAAGGCUGCAACCAGAGCAGCAAGUUUAGGGCAAAACCUGCAGGUGACACUUAGAAACAAAGUUCAAGGCUUAUCUUGUGGAAAAGAACAUAGGAAGACCAAGCGCCAGUCUGUCACCACCAGUUUUCUGAGCAUUUUAACUACCUUGUCCUUGGAAAGAGGCCUGACUGCUCAGAGUUUCAAGUGUGCAGGUUGUCAGCGUUGCAUUGGCUUAAGCAAUGGGAAAGCAAAAGUAUGUAACUACAGUGGAUGGUAUUACUGCAACCUCUGUCACGUUGAUGAUACCUUUCUAAUUCCUGCACGGCUAGUUCAUAACUGGGACACUUCAAAAUACAAGGUAUCAAAGCAAGCCAAAGAAUUCCUGGAAUAUGUUUAUGAAGAGCCCCUGAUUGACAUUCAGCGAGAAAAUCCCAUAUUGUACAGACACGUUGAGCCAUUGGCAAGUGUGGCCCGUCUGAGACAGCAACUGAAAUCCCUCCGAGCCUAUUUAUUCAGCUGCAGAGCAGCAGUGGCCGAAGACCUGCGAAGGAGAAUUUUCCCCAGAGAGUAUCUUCUUCAGCAGAUCCAUCUAUAUUCUCUGGCAGAUCUACAGCAGGUUAUUGAAGGGAAGCUGGCCCCUUUCCUUGGGAAAGUAAUAAAAUUUGCUACCUCCCAUGUUUACAGCUGCAGCCUUUGUAGUCAAAAGGGAUUCAUCUGUGAGAUCUGUAAUAAUGGUGAAAUUCUGUACCCUUUUGAGGACAGUUCUACAAGCAGGCCACUGCCACUGCUCAUCUCGGAUCGGGGAGUUCAACAGAAACGGUUCCUGUUCUUCCUGAUGCGGAAGCGGACCCUAACUUCGGCGAACCGGUGUGAAAGCUGCAGUGCUGUCUUCCAUUCAGAAUGCAAAGAGAAGGCCGUUCCAUGCCCCAGGUGUGUGAGGAGAGAGCUACAGAUGAAGCAGAAAUCUUUUUGGAGAAGACUGAAUAUGGAUGAGAGCCUGGAAGAGGCCUGCAACAUGUUUGAAUUGUCCUGUCAGAAUACAUGAUCUGAAGGGGAAAUGUGACAACCUACACACUUUCCCGGAAUGGAAUGAAUGCUUCUAAGGCACUGGUUCAUUGCCAGGGAGAAUACUUUAGUACAAAAAAAAGUAUAUGUAUCUUUUGUUCCUGAGUAGCUGGAGUUCAGAAUGCUAAGAAAAUCAAAGGCUAAACUCUAAUUAUGAACUGGUUAGGGAACCAACUGGUCUUAUACCAAAAGUAGUUUACUUGAAAUAUUUAUUAUUGUCUGCAUUGAUUGCAUUCUCUUUGCAUUGAAAGAUUUCAUUAGCUUGUAUCUAUUACUGGACUUCAAGUGAUUUUUCUUUCUGGUAGAAAUAGAUGGCAUUGCUAUUUAAAGUUCACAAACUACUUAGGACAACGUGCCUGUGGACAGGUAUUUGUAGAGCUUUUUGCAGCUUAGAAAGAUGAUUUAAUAAACCGCUUUAUGAAUAUUUUCCCUGCUCAAAAUCAAGCCAGUUCCACUUUAGAAGCACGGCAUGGUAAUUGUCCUUACAACCUCUGUAAGCCCAGUGCUAAAACCUGCCUAGGUCUUAUGUUAAUAUGUGCAAAUACUAGAGAAAUUGCUUUCAGUGAUGAAAUAUUCACAGUUGAAUAUUUGUUCACAACACAGUUGUUCACAAAUCAUUAAUUCAGAUUCUGAUUUUCCCACGUGUAACACCAUAAAGCUUAAAUAUUUAAUCACCUUUAAUAUUAAAUAAUGUACAUUGCUUUGCUCAUACCUUGUAGAAGACAUUUCCUGCAUUUGGAUGAUAGAACUGGAAUCUGACUCUUUGCUGCAUUUAACAUUCAUAUUCUAAUAGUAUAUAUACUAAGGCUCUGAGUACUGUAGCAGAAUCAGUAAGAACUUGAAUACUUCAUCCUGAAAGUGAGAUUUCUUGCAUACUUUUAAAUUCUGCACUAAAAAGCGCCAGGCAUAUGCUUUAACCACUUAACAUGCAACAUUUGGAAGUAAUGAAAAUAUUCCAAAAAUAGUUCUAAAUCAAUCUUUGGACUUUCAGUAUUCCUUUUUUUUUUUUUUUUAUACAGCAAAGGGAAUAUUGGAAGUUUUUACUUCUGCUUUCAAUUAACCAUAGUUUAGCAUUAUAUUCCAGUCCAGGCAGCAACAGUGUUUACUAUGAUUAAUUGAAACAAGCCAUCUUUACACCUUGUUUUUAAUGUUUUCUUUGCUAUAAUGAAAGGAUAGUAUAAGCUUUAUCUGUAAUUAUAAAUCUGGCUUGGUACUGGUAUAUAUCAAAUACUUAAUUUGUGCAGGCAGCGGAACACAUUUAUAUUUCUUUCUCUACUUCCCCUCAAACUGCCAAGUUACUGUCUCUAGAAAUGGGCAUGUAUUAUGUUGAUUUGUUAUAGGCUGGCUGUGGCAAUUGUACAUUUGGAAAACAAAUCAGCAGAGAGCUGGCAGUGACUCGGAGAACCACAGUGCAUGUUAUUUAAAUUUAUUUAUUUUAUUUAAUUGAUAAAGUCACCCAUCUUACACUUGAUGUGCUGCUUGGUUCUUCUGGACCACUUGGUACCCAAUUUUUAUGUGAAAAUAGGCUAACUGCAAAUGAUGCUCUUAAGGAAUGGUCAUCUGCUUUAUUUUUUACAUUACUUUCAUAUCUGCGCAGAGCCAUACAUUUGUCAGUAAGCUGAAGCCCAUAUAUUACAUUGUGAUUUGUUUUCAUUGCUUUUUUUAUUUAAACAUAAGUGAUAGAAGGGAGAGAGAAAGAAAGAAUGAGUGAUUGUGUAUUUAACUUUUCCAUAAUUUCCAGAAUCCAGAGUGAAGAAGAAGCUGGUAUAAAUAACCUGCUUUGUUUUGAUGUUUGCUUUUGGGAGAAGGAUAUCUUGGAACUUCCUAUUUAUUUUAAUGGCUUCCUAAUUAUUUUAUUUUUUAAAUUAUUUUAUUUUUUUAAGGAUUCACUGGGCAAGUGAAUCAAGCAUGUGGAAUGUGUGUUUAUACCAGUUUUUUUUUCAAUGUAUUGUAAUGUUUUAUUAUUUUUGUACAUCUCCUUAAGUUUCCCCAUCAAUUUCUUCAUUUUAUCCAAUGAGUCAUUAAAAGUGAAGUUAAAGGAUGA